AGUGCUGGGAUUACAGACAUGAGCCACUGCACCCGGCCAGAAAAGGUUAAUUAUUAAGAAACUCUUGAACUUAGUAAAUCCUAACAGUUAUUGUUUAUUAUAGGAAAGGGCUAAUUAUUAAGAAACUAUUACGGUUAGCUGUAAUCUGUCUCUCCACAAUUUUAGUUCAUGUUUCUAGGUCUCUUUUAAAGCAACACAAGUGAAUAUUAAUGUUCCAUUUUUAUAUAACUGUGUUUCAGAUGUUUAUAAAGAUCCACCCUUUAAUCCUCUUCUUCUGUAUUAAAUAUUACCAGCUUUUUGUAGCUUUCCUAAACCAGUUACUGCUUGCUGUUGUUUGCAUAGGUCCUAUAAUACCCUGCAGUGCAGAUAACAGUAGAAUUUUCUGUCUUCCUUGCUCUGGACAUCAUAGGUCUGAUCAUGUAACCUGAGAUUAUAUUAAGGUUUUGGGGAUUGUACACUGGCUCAGAGAGAGCUUUUGGCUUGCUCUGUUUUGUAGAUAACCCCUUCUACCUCCCACUCACCUGUGAAUUGUUCCUUAAGCCUGACCCUCCCCUAUCCUUUUCUUGUACAGGUGACAUUUUGAUAAUAUUCAUGUAGGUCUUUAUAUUUAUUCCUGUUAAAUUUAAAUUUACUGGUUUUAGCCUACUCUUUUUGCCUAUCAAAUUAUUUAAAACUCCAGAUUUUGUCAGUAAAGAAAUUAAACAUCUUUUAUGAUUACUCACCCAUCCUGUGUCUGGUUCCCCAUCUUAAAAAGUGUGGAAUAAUAUUUAACAGGUUAGUUUCUAAGUUGAAGUGGAAUCACUUAUGAUUCAUUCUGCGAACUACUGUGUGUCAAGUACUAGGGAUAAAGCCCAGUCUGUCGUUGACAAUAUCAGAUAAGUGUUGUGAGGUUGCCCUCAUCUAACUUAUAAUCCCAGUUUGUGAUGCAGUAUUUCCUGUUUUUCUUAAAUAAAAACAGAGGGAUAAUUAACAGAUCAUUGUGCUCGUGCAACGUAGUAAUCCCAAGGGAAGAUAUUACAGUCAAAUUAGUAAUAAAGAUAAUAUUUUACAUUUGCCAUGUUGCUGUGUGAAAUGUUAAAGUGGGGAGCCUUGUUCUAGGGCCUCGCCCCUAGAAAAAGCAUGGGAGCAAUUCACAACCACUGUUGAAGGACUCCACCUCCGAAACCUUGAGCAGAGGUUUGUAAGUGAAGUCUGGCCUUUUUAAAAGAUAGAUUCUAGGAAAUGAAGUAAGCUUUGUUAAAUCUGCUGUUAAGGUCUGCCCAUUUUUCAAGUAAGUGCAUUUUUAAAAGUCCCACGUGGGAAUUUCUCAUGGACUUACAGUCUUCUUUGUUUUUCUGCAUGUCUCCAUCUCAUGUCAUCUUUUAAUCUUGCCCUUCUGACAUGCUCCAUGUGAAUGUUUCUUACAGAUAGUUGCCACAUAAUUUUCUUAUACUUCUUAUAGAUAGUUGCCACAUAAUUUUUCAAUUACAAAUCAGAUGCUACAUAAACAGUUUGCUAUCAGAAACUUUUUUAAAAAACAUUUUCUUGGAACGUAUCUGUGGAGUAAAUCUUGGUGAUCUUUCUUGAACUCUCAUUUAGGUUUUUCUGAUACUGAACAUGAGCUCAACAGAUUGCUUGUGUUUCUAAAGACUGUAUUUAGAUUCACUUAGAUGUUUAGUUAGCAUCUAGCAUUUCCUAUGAGUCAGCCAUUGCAUUGGUUCCUUUCAUAUUUUAUUUCAUAAUUAAAUGAUUUUUAAUAAUGAACCAGAAGUACCAUUUCACUUUAUGAAAGUAGAAAAAUGAAAUUUUAGCCCAGGUGUCUUCUGUGACUGCUUUGGGUGGGGUGCGUCAAGGACUUGUGUGAGGUAAACCCAAGGAUGAAAUAGAUGAUGUGAAAAUGUAAGAUUGAGUUAAAAUAUGAAGUUUAUCAGAUAAUCAACUUUUCUUCUAAAAGAAAUUGCACUAUUAAUGAGGGAUGUAUUGGCUUUAGGAAAAAAGAAAGUAAAACUUCUGACCAUGUCUGCCAUCUUUUAUUUUGCGUUGGCUCCGUGCGUAAUUAGUUUGAUGUACUUAUAUAGAAAAUUGCAUUUUAAAAUGACAUUUUUGGGGGGAACGAUGAAAGACUAUAAAUCCGAUUUGUAAACUUUCUUGUUUUCUAGUAUCAAAGAAUGACUUCUUUCUGCUAUACCCACAAGUUUUCCCCAGAUUCUAUAGUUUUUCCUCUGUGGUAGCGGUGAGAGGGAAUAUUUAACUAUUAAGUGAAGUAAGUGGUAUUAAACCUAGAAUUCUAUUUUGCAUUCUUCUAUGCUACUAACUCUAUGAUCUUAUACACUUUAUUUUUCUAUGAAAGAUAAGUACAUUAUUCUCUUGUUUCCCUUGGGUUUUGAUGAAGUUUAAUUAAAUGUUUGUAAAGCACAUUGAGAUCUAUGGUUAAAUGCUGUAUAUGUUCUAAGUAUGAUUAAUCAUUACUGAGAACAGACCAUUUUUCUCAAUUUCAUAGUAAUUAGAAAGUGAAUACUUCAGGUGGAAAAAAAAGAAUAUAAUGGUAUUAAAUAUAGCAUGGAAAGCCUUUGCAUUAAGUAGUUUUCUGAACUAUAUAAUCUCCAUUUUUUUGGAGUGUUGUUACUGAUAAUUUAGAAGUCAUUGGAUGUUAUUGACAGGGUAGAAAGUUCUUACCUGGUUCUUUUUCUUAACCGGAUCUAGUUAAUGCUACUUGGUAAUGGUUAAGGAAUGAGGUAAACAUAACCCAAAUUAGAGUGAACGUCAAGGUAAGUGUGAUUUAUUCUUUUUUGUAUAAAAUCUAUAAUAUGGGUUUCCCCUAAAUCCUUUGUUUAUGUUUUAUUUCUUUAGCAGUGUUUGGUAUAUUAUAACCUGUCAUAAUUGUGUUUCAACAUACAAGAUAGUGUGGAUAAUGAAAUUUCUGUAUUACAAUUAUGAGUUUUAAGAUGUGUAGGUUGUAGGCGUGGAGCCAGACUGAGAGAGAGAUCACGCCAAGUCUCAGCACAGAAAAGCAUCAGUGCCUGAGGAUGUGUGAUUUUACUUCAUCUAUCAGGUUCCCCGAUUAGGUUAGUUUCCAUCUUGAGAGAAGUCACACAUUUUUCCAGAGAGAGGCAAGCAAUUGGAAACCUCCAUAUAUAAAGUCAGACACCAUCAGCAUGGGGGUAAUUUGACAUAACCUUGAGAAGAAUUUUUUGGCUCAUGGAUACGUGUUUUGUGGGACACGGGCCAGAUGGAAGGUGUAGAACUUGAUUAUUUAAUCCCUGAGUUGCCAUUUACUUUUUUUUAAUUGUGAUAAAAUAUAAGUAACAAUAAAAUUUACAAUUUUAUGUGUUGUUAAGUGUAAAAGGCCAAUAGGAUUAAAUACAUUCCCAUUGUUUUUGCAACCAUUACCACCAUCCAUCUCCAGAACUGUUUUGAUCUUCCCAAGCUAAAACUCUAUGCCAUCGAACAAUAACUCCCCAAUCCCUCCUUCCCCCAGCACCUGGCAACCUCCAUUCUACUUUGUACCUACGUGAAUUUGACUACUCUGAUAUCUAGAGUAGAGCAUUGUAUAGUAUUUAUCCUUUUGUGACUGGCUUAUUUCUAGCUUGAUGUCUUCAAGUUUUAUCUGUGGUGUAGCAUGUAAUAGAAAUUCAUUCCUUUUGAAGGCUGAAUAAUGCAUAUACCACAUUUGUAUGACUAUUAUUCAUACAUUCAUCUGUCGAACACUUGGGUUGCUUCUACCUUUUGGCAGAAGUUUACUUUUAAGUUGUUAGUUAUGAAUAUUAUAGAAAAAUAUUUGGGAUUUUGACAGAAACUAGUCUAGAGGAUUAAAUAGGGUCUUUCCAGUGCCCUUUCCCAGUCAGUGAAAGGUUCAUUCACUCAACAAGAAUGAGAGUGCCUGCAGUGCUUGGGGCGGCGAACACAGGAGUGCCCACACACAGAUGUGGCACCAGCCAUUGUGGAGAUGAGAGUGUAGUGGAGGAAGCAGACACUAACUGCUUAAAUACUCUUGGGACUCCAUGCAAAAUUACAAUGGUAGUAAAUAAGUGCUUCCAUGAAGGGAUAAACACUAACAUGAGAUUUCUGAGGGUAUUUCACCAGUAUGUUUUUGGGGGUGGAGGUGGCAUCAGUCAGGAAAGGAAGGAAGAAGGAAAGUUUCAGGCAGAGGAAAUAACGUGUGCAAAGUCCUUUUUGUCUAUCAGGGAGGCAAGAGCCGCCCAUGCAACUUGGGAGUGCAGAGAGUGACCGUGAGCAGGGUGUAAAUCUGGAAAACGUAUAAAUCUUGCAGAUCAUGGUAAGAGUUUUGGUCUUUAUGCCAGGAGCAGUGGGAAGCCAUGGAAGUGUUUUGUUUUCAUUUGUAAAGGGGGCUUAGUGGAUGAGGGCAAAAUGAUUAGGCUUUAGUUUUUAUAAGAUUUCAGGAGGUGGUAUGGUAAAUAGGUUGGGUGGAUGGAGUUAGAAUCUAGACAGUUAAUUAAGGAGACUUUUACAGUUCUCAAGGCAAAAAAUAAUGAUUGGAGUGGGAUGAUAACAGCAAAGACAAAGAGAAAUCUAAAUUUGAGAAAAAUUAGAGAAUGUAAUAAACAGAUGUUGUGAUGGAUUGAUCAUGGACAGAGAUGUCAAGGAAACUCUUAGAUGUAGAAAUGGCGUAACAGGAUCACUGUGGUUCCUCAUGUGAGUAUUCCAUGGGAUGAGGAAUGGUGUAAACCAAAACAGAUUCUUGAGAGAUUUGUCUGGGAAGUGGAGGAAGAGGAAAAUACCGGGUCUGGAGAAUGUUUCUGUUUUUGUUUUGUUUUUGAGAUGGGAGAGACCUGCACAUUUAAAAGCUGGCAGGGAGGACUCUGGUUGUGGGGCAGAGGUUAAGCAUACAUAGCAGAAGAAGAAUAAUGAGUAAUGUUUGGAGAAGGAUCCAAAAGAGUGAUGUGGUGGGAAUGGUUGCCUUUAGAUAUGAGGAGAAAGAAGGAAAGAGAAUAGGGUGGGCAGAGUCUUAGGUAGUAGUCAAGAAACACAAGUCAGCAAGCACUGACAAUUCCAAAGUCAAUUAUUAAAAAUGCUACAUUUUCUGUAUCUAUUUUCUUUACAUGUGCCAUCAUUGAUAGAUAAACCUGAUUGUGAAAAGCUGACCAGUGUUUCAGAAUUAAAAUGUCCUUAUUCUUUGUCAAAUAUAAUGCAGUCUUUCAAAUACCUACAUACCUACGUGAAAUUAAGAGUUUGUAAUAGAAUAAUGUAUCCUCAUUUUAUUUCAACUCUCUGCCUCUGAAGUUUGGUUUGGUUUUUUAAAAAAACCUGGGUAGGUUAAUUUUUUAUAUUAUUUGCAAGGCAAUAUGUGCAUCUGUGUGUGUGUAUGUGUGUGUGUGUGUGUGUGGGUGUUUGUGAAAAUCACAUCGUCUAAAUUUAUACAAUGCUUGUCAAGUGUGCAUUUUAUAAAUUUUUGAUAGAUAUUUGUUUACUAUAGCACAGCGAUAUUUGAGGGUGGGAUAGAGGUCACAUUGAUUCCUUUAUCUUCACCUUGGUGAAAAAAAAUCAUAUUUUAGUUCAAAGCUGUUCAAGUAAGUCCUUGCUCCGUUUUCCCACCCUGUCUUCAGUGAUAUUAUUUGGAGUCAGCAAUCAAUGGAUUCCAUCCCUCUGAGACUUGCUUAACCUACAGCUGCUGAUAGAAUACAGCUUCCUGCAGAUUUCACAAAACUGCAUCUCACUGACAGUCUCCACCCACAGGUGACCCACGUUUCUUCUAGCCAUUCAGGAUGUAGUAUCACUAGUGAUUCUGGAAGCAGCAGUCUUUCUGAUAUCUACCAGGCCACAGAAAGUGAGGCUGGUGAUAUGGACCUGAGUGGGUUGCCAGAAACAGCAGUGGAUUCCGAGGACGAUGACGAUGAAGAAGACAUUGAGAGAGCGUCAGAUCCUCUGAUGAGUAGGGACAUUGUGAGAGACUGCCUGGAGAAGGACCCAAUUGACCGGACAGAUGAUGACAUUGAACAACUCUUGGAAUUUAUGCACCAGUUGCCUGCUUUUGCCAAUAUGACGAUGUCGGUGAGGCGAGAACUCUGUGCUGUGAUGGUGUUCGCAGUGGUGGAAAGAGCAGGGACCAUAGUGUUAAAUGAUGGUGAAGAGCUGGACUCCUGGUCAGUGAUUCUCAAUGGAUCUGUGGAAGUGACUUAUCCAGAUGGAAAAGCAGAAAUACUAUGUAUGGGAAAUAGUUUUGGUGUCUCUCCUACCAUGGACAAAGAAUACAUGAAAGGAGUGAUGAGAACAAAGGUGGAUGACUGCCAGUUUGUCUGCAUAGCCCAGCAAGAUUACUGCCGUAUUCUCAACCAAGUAGAAAAGAACAUGCAAAAAGUUGAAGAGGAAGGAGAGAUUGUUAUGGUGAAAGAACACCGAGAACUUGAUCGAACUGGAACAAGAAAGGGACACAUUGUCAUCAAGGGUACCUCAGAAAGGUUAACAAUGCAUUUGGUAGAAGAGCAUUCAGUAGUAGAUCCAACAUUCAUAGAAGACUUUCUGUUGACCUAUAGGACUUUUCUUUCUAGCCCAAUGGAAGUGGGCAAAAAGUUAUUGGAGUGGUUUAAUGACCCGAGCCUCAGGGAUAAGGUUACACGGGUAGUAUUAUUGUGGGUAAAUAAUCACUUCAAUGACUUUGAAGGAGAUCCUGCAAUGACUCGAUUUUUAGAAGAAUUUGAAAACAAUCUGGAAAGAGAGAAAAUGGGUGGACACCUAAGGCUGUUGAAUAUCGCAUGUGCUGCUAAAGCAAAAAGAAGAUUGAUGACGUUAACAAAACCAUCCCGAGAAGCUCCUUUGCCUUUUAUCUUACUUGGAGGCUCCGAAAAGGGAUUUGGAAUCUUUGUUGACAGUGUAGAUUCAGGUAGCAAAGCAACUGAAGCAGGCUUGAAACGGGGGGAUCAGAUAUUAGAAGUAAAUGGCCAAAACUUUGAAAACAUUCAGCUGUCAAAAGCCAUGGAAAUUCUUAGAAAUAACACACAUUUAUCUAUCACUGUGAAAACCAAUUUAUUUGUAUUUAAAGAACUUCUAACAAGACUGUCAGAAGAGAAAAGAAAUGGUGCCCCCCACCUUCCUAAAAUUGGUGACAUCAAAAAGGCCAGUCGCUACUCCAUUCCAGAUCUUGCUGUAGAUGUAGAACAGGUGAUAGGACUUGAAAAAGUGAACAAAAAAAGUAAAGCCAACACUGUUGGAGGAAGGAACAAGCUGAAAAAGAUACUCGACAAGACUCGAAUCAGUAUCUUGCCACAGAAACCAUACAAUGAUAUUGGGAUUGGUCAGUCUCAAGAUGACAGCAUAGUAGGAUUAAGGCAGACAAAGCACAUCCCAACUGCAUUGCCUGUCAGUGGAACCUUAUCAUCCAGUAAUCCUGAUUUAUUGCAGUCACAUCAUCGCAUUUUAGACUUCAGUACUACUCCUGACUUGCCAGAUCAAGUGCUAAGGGUUUUUAAGGCUGAUCAGCAAAGCCGCUACAUCAUGAUCAGUAAGGACACUACGGCAAAGGAAGUGGUUAUUCAGGCUAUCAGGGAGUUUGCUGUUACUGCCACCCCGGAUCAAUAUUCACUAUGUGAGGUCUCUGUCACACCUGAGGGAGUAAUCAAACAAAGAAGGCUUCCAGAUCAGCUUUCCAAACUUGCUGACAGAAUACAAUUGAGUGGAAGGUAUUAUCUGAAAAACAACAUGGAAACAGAAACUCUUUGUUCUGAUGAAGAUGCUCAGGAGUUGUUGAGAGAGAGUCAAAUUUCCCUCCUUCAGCUCAGUACUGUGGAAGUUGCCACACAGCUCUCCAUGCGAAAUUUUGAACUCUUUCGCAACAUUGAACCUACUGAAUAUAUAGAUGAUUUAUUUAAACUCAGAUCAAAAACCAGCUGUGCCAACCUGAAGAGAUUUGAAGAAGUCAUUAACCAGGAAACAUUUUGGGUAGCGUCUGAAAUUCUCAGAGAAACAAACCAGCUGAAGAGGAUGAAGAUCAUUAAGCAUUUCAUCAAGAUAGCACUGCACUGUAGGGAAUGCAAGAAUUUUAACUCAAUGUUUGCAAUCAUUAGUGGCCUAAACCUGGCACCAGUGGCAAGACUGCGAACAACCUGGGAGAAACUUCCCAAUAAAUACGAAAAACUAUUUCAAGAUCUCCAAGACCUGUUUGAUCCUUCCAGAAACAUGGCGAAAUAUCGCAAUGUUCUCAAUAGUCAAAACCUACAACCACCCAUAAUCCCUCUGUUUCCAGUUAUCAAGAAGGACCUCACCUUCCUUCAUGAAGGAAAUGACUCAAAAGUAGACGGGCUGGUCAAUUUUGAGAAGUUAAGGAUGAUCGCAAAAGAAAUUCGUCAUGUUGGCCGAAUGGCUUCAGUGAACAUGGACCCAGCCCUCAUGUUCAGGACUCGGAAGAAGAAAUGGCGGAGUUUGGGGUCUCUCAGCCAGGGUAGUACAAACGCAACAGUGCUAGAUGUUGCUCAGACAGGUGGUCAUAAAAAGCGGGUACGUCGUAGUUCCUUUCUCAAUGCCAAAAAGCUUUAUGAAGAUGCCCAAAUGGCUCGAAAAGUGAAGCAGUACCUUUCCAAUUUGGAGCUAGAAAUGGACGAGGAGAGUCUUCAGACAUUAUCUCUGCAGUGUGAGCCAGCAACUAACACAUUGCCUAAGAAUCCUGGUGACAAAAAGCCUGUCAAAUCCGAGACCUCUCCGGUAGCUCCAAGGGCAGGGUCACAGCAGAAAGCUCAGUCCCUGCCACAGCCCCAGCAGCAGCCACCACCAGCACAUAAAAUCAACCAGGGACUGCAGGUUCCCGCCGUGUCCCUUUAUCCUUCACGGAAGAAAGUGCCCGUAAAGGAUCUCCCACCUUUUGGCAUAAACUCUCCACAAGCUUUAAAGAAAAUUCUUUCUUUGUCUGAAGAAGGAAGUUUGGAACGUCACAAGAAGCAAGCUGAAGACACAAUAUCAAAUGCGUCUUCGCAGCUUUCUUCUCCUCCUACUUCUCCACAGAGUUCUCCAAGGAAAGGUGGCAGUGGCAAUCAGCUGAGAUCUUUUGGCUCCGGGCAGUUGGACUUAACCAGUUCCUCCUCUUCUCUUGGAAGUGAGAACAGUAACAAGAAUAACAAUGCACCACGGACCUAUGGGAUAGGCUAUACUUUGGCUCCCAGUGGUACUGUGGAUAAUUUUUCAGAUUCUGGUCACAGUGAAAUUUCUUCACGAUCCAGUAUUGUCAGCAAUUCGUCUUUUGACUCAGUGCCAGUCUCACUGCACGAUGAGAGGCGCCAGAGGCAUUCUGUCAGCAUCGUAGAAACAAACCUAGGGGUGGGCAGGAUGGAGAGGCGGACCAUGAUGGAACCUGAUCAAUAUAGCUUGGGGUCCUAUGCACCAAUGUCCGAGGGUCGAGGCUUAUAUGCUACAGCUACAGUGAUUUCUUCUCCAAGCACAGAGGAACUUUCCCAGGAUCAGGGGGAUCGCGCGUCACUGGAUGCUGCUGACAGUGGCCGUGGGAGCUGGACGUCAUGCUCAAGUGGCUCCCAUGAUAAUAUACAGACAAUCCAGCACCAGAGAAGCUGGGAGACUCUUCCAUUUGGGCACACUCACUUUGAUUAUUCAGGGGAUCCUGCAGGUUUAUGGGCAUCAAGCAGCCAUAUGGACCAAAUCAUGUUUUCUGAUCAUAGCACAAAGUAUAACCGGCAAAAUCAAAGUAGAGAGAGCCUUGAACAAGCCCAGUCCCGAGCAAGCUGGGCGUCUUCCACAGGUUACUGGGGAGAAGACUCAGAAGGUGACACAGGCACAAUAAAGCGGAGGGGUGGAAAGGACGUUUCCAUUGAAGCCGAAAGCAGUAGCAUAACAUCUGUGACCACAGAAGAAACCAAGUCAGUCCCCAUGCCUGCCCACAUAGCUGUGGCAUCAAGUACUACAAAGGGGCUCAUUGCACGAAAGGAGGGCAGGUAUCGAGAGCCCCCGCCCACCCCUCCCGGCUACAUUGGAAUUCCCAUUACUGACUUUCCAGAAGGGCACUCCCAUCCAGCCAGGAAACCUCCGGACUACAACGUGGCCCUUCAGAGAUCGCGGAUGGUCGCGCGAUCCUCCGACACAGCUGGGCCUUCAUCUGUACAGCAGCCACAUGGGCAUCCCACCAGCAGCAGGCCUGUGAACAAACCUCAGUGGCAUAAGCCGAACGAGUCCGACCCGCGCCUCGCCCCCUAUCAGUCCCAAGGGUUUUCCACCGAGGAGGAUGAAGAUGAACAAGUUUCUGCUGUUUGAGGCACAGGCUUUUCUGGAUCCAGAGCGAGCCACCUGAAGGGAGAGCACAGGAAGAUGUCCCGAGCAUUGGAGCCUUGGAACUCACAUUCUGAGGAUGGUGGACCAGUUUGCCUCCUUCCCUGCCUUAAAAGCAGCAUGGGGCUUCUUCUCCCCUUCUUCCUUUCCCCUUUGCAUGUGAAAUACUGUGAAGAAAUUGCCCUGGCACUUUUCAGACUUUGUUGCUUGAAAUGCACAGUGCAGCAAUCUUCGAGCUCCCACUGUUGCUGCCUGCCACAUCACACAGUAUCAUUCCAAAUUCCAAGAUCAUCCCAACAAGAUGAUUCACUCUGGCUGCACUUCUCAAUGCCUGGAAGGAUUUUUUUUAAUCUUCCUUUUAGAUUUCAAUCCAGUCCUAGCACUUGAUCUCAUUGGGAUAAUGAGAAAAGCUAGCCAUUGAACUACUUGGGGCCUUUAACUCACCAAGGAAGACAAAGAAAAACAAUGAAAUCCUUUGAGUACAGUGCUUGUCCACUUGUUUACAAUGUCCUCCUUUAAAAAAAAAAAAAAUGAGUUUAGAGAUUUUGUUCAGAGAGUAAAUGUAUAUCCAUUUAAUGAUUACAGUAUUAUUUUAAACCUUAAGUAGGGUUGCCAGCCUGGUUUCUGAAAAACCAAAUAUGCCGGACAGGGUGUGGCCACACCAAGAAGACGGGAAAACCUGGCUUGUGACCCUGGCUUCCCAUGUCCUUCUGGUCCCACCCGCGAAGUGCCCUAUCCUGGAAGUAUGAAAUGUUAGCCAAUUAAUACCAAGACACCUCAUCUGCUCCUUCCCCAGUGGAUGGGGUUCUUCUGUAAAACUGUUUGCACAUGGCCAGGGGAGGGAACUAGGACCCUUGUGUCUUGUCUGAGCCUUAUGGAGGCAGGACGGUGUCAUUGGCGGAUGUGUCCUGCUCCAUUGAGAUGGAUGGCAAACCCCAUUUUUAAGUUAUAUUUCUUUGAUUUUUGUUAAUUUAGAGGUUUAGGUUUUGUUUUUCUUUCUUUUUUUUUUUUUUUAAGAGAAACAUUUAUAACUGGAUAGCAUUGCAGUGAAAGCAGCUUGGGAUGUUGGAGCUAAUGCCAGCUGUUUAUACUGCUCUUUCAAGACAGCCUCCCUUUAUUGAAUUGGCAUUAGGGAAUAAACAAGCCUUUAAAUGUGAUAAAAGAUCAAAAACCUAGUUAGAUAUGCCAGCCUUUGCAAGGCAGGUUAGUCACCAAAGACUAACCUCCCAGUGGCUUUAUGGACGCUGCAUAUAGAGAAGGCCUAAGUGUAGCAACCAUCUGCUCACAGCUGCUAUUAACCCUUUAAUGACUGAAAUGACCCCUCCACUCUAUUUUUGUGUUGUUUUUGCACAGACUCCGGAAAAGUGAAGGCUGCCAAUCUGAGUAGUACUCAAAUGUGAGGAACUGCUGGUCUUGGAUUUUUUUUCCAUUAAAUUCAGCUGAUCAUAUUGAUCAGUAGAUAAACGUAAAUAGCUUCAAAUUUUAAAAGUGGAAUUGCAGUGUUUUUUCACUGUAUCAAAAAAUGUCAGUGCUUUAUUUAAUAAUUCUCUUCUGUAUCAUGGCAUUUGUCUACUUAUAUAUUACAUUGUCAAUUAUGCAUUUGUAAUUUUACAUGUAAUAUGCAUUAUUUGCCAGUUUUAUUAUAUAGGCUAUGGACCUCAUGUGCAUAUAGAAAGACAGAAAUCUAGCUCUACCACAAGUUGCACAAAUGUUAUCUAAGCAUUAAGUAAUUGUAGAACAUAGGACUGCUAAUCUCAGUUCGCUCUGUGAUGUCAAGUGCAGAAUGUACAAUUAACUGGUGAUUUCCUCAUACUUUUGAUACUACUUGUACCUGUAUGUCUUUUAGAAAGACAUUGGUGGAGUCUGUAUCCCUUUUGUAUUUUUAAUACAAUAAUUGUACAUAUUGGUUAUAUUUUUGUUGAAGAUGGUAGAAAUGUACUAUGUUUAUGCUUCUACAUCCAGUUUGUACAAGCUGGAAAAUAAAUAAAUAUAAUGUAAAGCCUUGCCUAUA